UUAUACUGUUUUGCACAACAAAUUCAUUUGUAUGAUUGGGUUGUCUCCGUAUACAACCAACGCGCAUGCGCGAAUUUAAUAUCCGUAAACAUAAUGGCGAGCCUGCUGAAGUUGACGACGAGUGCGGUACAAAAAUCGGUGCUGCAGAAUGUUGUGCAGCCAACAGCAGUUGGGAGCAAGAGCUUUUCAUUCAAAGUCUUUGGACAAAAUCAUACAGCUGCCAAGGGUGCUAAAACAGGUGGACAGAUUUCAAGAGACUACCCAGUCAUUGACCACACAUACGAUGCUGUAGUUGUUGGUGCUGGCGGUGCCGGCCUCAGGGCAGCAUUCGGCCUGGCCAAUGAGGGAUUCAAGACUGCAUGCAUCACAAAACUCUUCCCAACACGGUCACACACGGUGGCAGCACAGGGUGGUAUCAAUGCUGCGCUGGGUCACAUGGAGGAAGAUGACUGGCGGUGGCAUUUCUACGACACUGUGAAGGGCUCAGACUGGUUGGGCGACCAGGAUGCCAUACACUACAUGUGUGAGGAGGCACCCAAGGCAGUCAUUGAGUUGGAGAACUAUGGAAUGCCAUUCAGUCGGCUGGAGAAUGGCAAGAUCUACCAGCGCGCGUUUGGAGGUCAGAGUCUUAAGUACGGUAAGGGAGGCCAGGCCCACAGGUGCUGUGCUGUUGCUGAUAGGACUGGCCACUCCCUGCUGCACACGCUCUAUGGACGGUCCCUGAAGUACGACACCCACUACUUCAUUGAGUACUUCGCCCUGGAUCUGAUCAUGGAGGAGGGAGAGUGUCGCGGAGUUAUUGCCCUUAACUUGGAGGACGGCACCAUCCACCGCUUCAAGUCCAAGAACACCAUCCUGGCCACUGGUGGUUAUGGUCGGACCUAUUUCUCCUGCACCUCAGCCCACACAUGCACUGGGGACGGUACUGCUAUGGUCGCCCGGGCAGGGCUGCCCAAUGAGGACAUGGAGUUCGUGCAAUUCCAUCCAACAGGUAUCUACGGGGCAGGGUGUUUGAUCACAGAGGGUUGCCGUGGUGAGGGAGCUAUCCUGCUGAACUCAGAGGGAGAGCGCUACAUGGAGAGGUACGCACCCACGGCCAAGGACCUAGCGUCCAGAGAUGUCGUCUCCAGGGCAUCCACCAUUGAAAUCAGGGAGGGACGUGGAGUUGGCCCCUUGAAGGACCACGUGUACCUCCAGCUCUCCCACCUGCCCGCGGAGGUUCUCAAGACUCGCCUCCCUGGAAUCUCUGAGACCGCUAUGAUCUUCGCUGGUGUGGAUGUGACCCGCGACCCCAUACCUGUGUUACCCACGGUCCACUAUAACAUGGGAGGUGUUCCCACAAACUACAAAGGACAGGCCAUCACCUACGACCCCAAGUCUAAGAAGGACACAGUAAUAGGGGGCCUGUACGCUGCAGGGGAGGUGGCAUGUGCGAGUGUCCAUGGAGCCAACAGGCUGGGCGCUAACUCCCUGCUGGACCUGGUAGUGUUUGGCCGAGGCUGCGCAAACACAAUCAUUGCGGAAAACAAGCCUGGGGAGGCGAUCGGCAAAGUGAAGGAGAACGCAGGCGAGGAGUCAGUAGCCAACCUGGACAAGCUACGGUUCUCCAACGGGGCCGUGCCGACCUCUGACCUGCGCUUGCGUCUCCAGAAGGUCAUGCAGAACCAUGCAGCCGUGUUCAGGGACGGACCCACGCUGACGGCCGGAGUCAAGAAGAUGUAUGAACUCAACGAUGAAAUGAAGGACAUCAAGCUGUCAGACCGAGGCAUGAUCUGGAACUCUGACCUGAUAGAGGCCAUGGAGCUGCAGAACCUCAUGGUGAACGCACUGCAGACCAUCGUGUCUGCCGAGGCCAGGACAGAGAGUCGAGGUGCACACUCCAGGGAGGACUUCAAGAAACGUUUAGACGAGAUUGACUACAGUAAGCCUGCAGCAGGUCAGACACCUCUACCAAUGGAGAAACACUGGCGUAAACACACCCUGUCAUACUCUGAUGCAAACAACAAGACGACCCUUGAGUACCGGCCUGUGAUAGACCACACCCUGGAUGAGAAGGAUUGCCCCAGUGUGGUGCCUGCUGUCAGGUCUUACUAGACCCUCUCAUGUAAACAGGAAAGAUCCCUGUUCAGCUGUGGACACAGCUUUUGGAAGAUACAAGUUUACUUGUUUGUGCUAAGAUGGAAUUAUGUUAACGAGUGUGAUGAACAAUAACCUGUUAAUGUCACUGAACUGACAGUGUUGUUUCGAAAUAUUCAUUAUAAAGAAUCAUAGCUAGCUAUCACAAAAGUUGGCAUUAAUAGUAAAUAAUUAGUUUCGCUUUGUUAGGACUGUUAGUUCGUGUUAUGUGAGUAAAUAACUUUAUUCAAACAGUUGAAUUAAAUGAAUAUCUUAUGAAGCAAUUCAUAAUUGUUUCUGAGUAUCAAUUAUUUAUUUGAUUGAAAACUGAUCGUGAUGGUAAAUAUUUCUGAUUUUUGUUUGAAAGAUGCCUCUCUGUUAUAAAUGAUAUUGUGGUGAAAUAUGACUACACGUUUAAUCUGAUUUCACAAUCGCACAUUAUCGGCCCUUUCCGUCAAACAUCGGAUAAGUACCUCGAAGGAGAUAGUAUGAAUACACAUUUCGGAAGCGGUAUUGCGGUCUACCUACGCGGGCCUACGCGAAUCAAAAUUACAUAGUUAAAACAAACAUGGCCGGUUUUUCGAGUUGUUUACAUUUUGCAAAGAUGAAAAUGGGGAUUUUCUAUGCUCUGAAGCCAGAGCAAGUACAAACUCUACAGGAAUUAUGGACGCCGUCGUUGUUAUUGUUUUUGUUGUUGUAACAUUCUUAGAAUGGUAUCACGUGGGCGGACUACUUUCAACCCGUAUUUCUCCCGAGUCCGAUUAUGAUAAUCUGCGAGGGGUACCGAAUGCUGAUUUCACUGUUAAAUUAUAAAGGUUUAUCAAAGAAUUCAUAUGUAACAAUGUAACUGUUUAUUUAAUUUUUAUUUGUAAUGUUGAUUAAAUGUUUGAUAUUAA